CGCCUCUGAAACGAUGUCCAACGUCGAAAGUGUUCACCUUGUCCAGGUCAUGGCUCUUCUGCUGGCAGUUGGCCACAUCGGCGCGGAUCUGUACCAGAUGAACGUCGAGUUCGAUCGGUACGAAAUCGAGUACAGCGUAAUAGGUCGCUUUGACCGGGUUCGCAUCCGCAAGUUCAACCGCACCACCCCGGUCAUCAACGGGUCGUACGAUCUGGCCGUGGAUCUGGACAACAACUACGAGAUUGGCAUCAUUUGCUCGCGCAGUGCCCUCGGCAACAACCAGUUCCACCUGAUCCCGUUCAAGCUGAGCCCGAUGCCGGUGUGUGACUUUAUCAAGAAGUAUGCCUUCGACUACCAGGACAUCUGGCAGAACAAGUCCAACUUCCCGCGCGUGCCGGCCGAGGGCAUUUGCCCGUACCCGAAGGGCACCUACUGGGUGAAGGAUUUGGCGCUGGACGCGAACCUUUUUCCGCCGGUCAUUCCCGAGGGUUACUACCGGUGCUACCUGGAUGUGUACCGGAUUUCGCCGCGGGAGCUGUUGCACCAUCAGGCGUACUACACGCGGAUCACGAAGGAGUUGCUGAAGUAUUGAUGAGAGAGUGUUUAAUUGAAAAUACAAUAAUGAUGAUAAAAAGA